AUGUCGGUCCGGCUGGAGGCUCGGAAUUUGACCAAUGGUAUUCCUUUGAGGAUCCGCCCCUGGCAGAGGGUAUGGCGCUGUUCUGGGCUACGACAAGGUCUUGCACCGGGUGCCAUCAAGCGAAUGGAGCGUGAAGUCGAGGGCAUGUCAACCGCCAUCCGUGAAAUUGCGGUGCUGAAGGCGGCCGAUCCGAACACGGCGAAGCUGCGGGAUGUGUCACGCAGACCUGGACGGUUGUAUUUGGUGUUUGAGUUUGCAUCCGAUCUGCGGCAGUGCAUGAAGAAGCUAGCUUGA